AUGCUAUCUGUCCCCCAGGGGAUUGACAGAACAGAAGCAUAUGAUAAACAUGUCAAAGCUCUGUCUGCGAUUAUUGAUCUGGGUCUGGUUGUUUUUUGGGGCCAGAUUAAUGACGACAGUAACCCAAGAAAGGCGAUUUGCUCGAGUCUAACUACAAAAACUGGAACUAGAGAGGAUGCCAUCAAGUUAUUAAAACAAGAUAUCUUUUACAAGGAAGGAAUUUGGGAUGUCGAUAACGCUAUUAUUCACCAUUUCAAUUGUGUAUUUAUUGAAGGACAACCAUUGAGAGGUUAA